AUGGCGAAUGAGGAUGUGGUUUCAUGGAAUGCAAUACUAGCAGGUUACUCUCAAGAGGGAAAUCAUGGGCUUGAGGCGAUUUUUGUCUUUAUUGAGAUGGUGGGAGAAGGGAUGGGGUUAGAUCAUGUCUCAUUUACUAGUGCAGUUUCAGCUUGUGGUCAUGAAAUGAAUUUAGAACUUGGGAAACAGAUACAUGGCUUGACAAUUAAAUCAGGAUAUGGAAGUCAUGUUUCAGUUUGUAAUGUAUUGAUCUCGACAUAUUCAAAGUGUGAGGUUACUGAAGAUGCAAAAUUAGUCUUUCAGUGCAUGAAUGAUCGCAACAUAGUGUCUUGGACAACUAUGAUUUCAAUAGACGAAGAAGAUGCCAUCUCUCUAUUUAAUGAGGUGAGAUUGGAUGGAGUAUAUCCAAAUGAUGUUACAUUUGUUGGAAUAAUCCAUGCUAUAUCAAUUAGGAAAGUUGGUGGAGGAAGGCGAAAUGAUUCAUGGGGUAUGCUCAGAAAGGGCUGUGUCAAGAUGCACUAA